AACACAUCAAAUUACCUUAUUUGCAUAUCUUUCUGAGAGUGCACAGGACUGAAAACCAUCUGCAGAAUGGCACUUCCUAAUUUGACAGUCUCAGCGAACCACAGUGUGGGGGAAGAAGACUUCUACAGACCCUUUUCUAUUUUCAGUGUUUUAAUAUUGACGUUGCUUGCCAUGCUUGUUAUUGCCACCUUUGUAUGGAAUGUGCUGGUGCUUGUGACGAUCCUCAGGGUGAGAACUUUUCACCGUGUGCCCCAUAACCUGGUUGCUUCUAUGGCUAUCUCUGAUGUAAUGGUUGCAGCACUUGUGAUGCCUCUCAGUUUGGUGCAUGAACUCAAUGGUCGGCACUGGAGACUGGGGAGGGUUCUUUGCCAAGUCUGGAUAUCAUUUGAUGUCCUCUGCUGCACAGCAAGCAUCUGGAAUGUUACAGCCAUUGCCUUGGACCGCUACUGGUCAAUCACCAGACACUUAGAAUACACACUGAAAACCAGGAAAAGAAUUUCAAACAUCAUGAUUGUUAUAACAUGGCUUUUGUCUGCAGUAAUCUCCCUUUCCCCAUUGUUUGGCUGGGGGGAGACAUACUCAGAACAUGAAGAGCAGUGCCAAGUAAGCCAAGAGCCCUCAUACACCAUCUUUUCAACAUGUGGAGCCUUUUAUGUUCCCCUGUGUGUCGUCCUGUUUGUGUAUUGGAAGAUUUAUAAAGCUGCCAAAUUCAGAAUUGGAUCCCGUGACAAAAAUACUAUAACACCAAUGGCUGAUGUUGUGCAGGUAAAAGAAGCCUCCCAUCACCCACAGAGGGUGUUCACAGUGCGACACGCCACAGUCACUUUCCAGACGGAUGAGGAUACUUGGAGAGAGCAGAAGGAGAAGAAAGCUGCCUUGAUGGUGGGAAUCCUCAUAGGGGUGUUCGUUCUUUGCUGGAUCCCUUUCUUCAUCACAGAACUCAUUAACCCUCUGUGUUCCUGUGACAUCCCUCCUAUUUGGAAAAGCAUUUUUCUGUGGCUCGGCUACUCCAACUCGUUUUUCAAUCCGCUGAUCUACACAGCCUUUAACAAAAACUACAACAACGCCUUUAGAAAUUUGUUUUCUCGCCAGCGGUGAGCGGCGUGAGAUUUUCUGCAUCCCGCUGAGAGACUUUAAAAGACUUCCUGCAGUGAAGCAAUGUUAAUGUUGUAUCAGUCACUUGAGAAGGCUCAUUCUCCUCUCACAUACUAUCAGUUGUUAAUAUAGUAAUUGGGGGGGGCUUUAUUAUUUAAACAAUUAUUAAAAACAAAAAUAGCUGAUGCCCUCUCAAGCAGUGACUGAGAGAUACAAUGUAGUAAAAAAAAAAAAAAAAUGUGAUUUGUUAACAAAAAAUGAGCAACCUAAUUUGUAAAUGGCAAUAUCCUUUGCAAUUAGCAACCUGCUUUGUAAUUGGCAAACAUCUUUGCAAUUAGCAACCUGCUUUGUUUUGUUCUAAGGUUGGACUGAUCUUGAAGGAAUUCAGUGAACACUGAACACAUUGAAUUGAAAUGGGCAAAAUAACUAUUUUGUAUGUUUUUGAUGAAGUACGUGUGCUACUUUUUGUGCUGCAUAUACUUUAGCUCAUGGAUCUUAGCAAUGUGAUUAUAACACUCCUCAGUCAAACAUGAGUACAAUUCUGUAUCCAUGGACAGUAAACACACGGCUGAAUCUUCAUUUACCAAUAAGUUAAUGCAAAAAUUGUACGACAAGCACUAGCCUAUAUAUCCAUCCCAGUAUAAAUGUUUUAAUAGGGAAUGUGCCCACAGUUGAAAAGCAGGCCUACAUGGUUUUAACAUUGAUAUUGAUCCUGUCCCGUCGUUGAGGCGAGAGGAGGUUAAAACCGCUGAAACCACAAAUGCAUACGAGCCCAUUUUGCAUUGUGGUUCAGACGCUUGCUUGCGGUGUGCAGGGUCGCUGGUUCACACCCAGCCUCCACCCUGUUACAUAUCCCAGAGCUUUUUUUAUUCUUUCAUUUUUUUAUGUAUUUAUUUAAUUAUGUAUGUAUGUAGUUAUUGAUGUAUUGAUUUUGAUCACACAUGGUGUGGAUUGUGUAACAGUUAUUGAUGUAUUGAUUUUGAUCACACAUGGUGUGGAUUGUGUAACAGUUAUUGAUGUAUUGAUUUUGAUCACACAUGGUGUGGAUUGUGUAACAGUUAUUGCAUGCUUGAUGAAUGAAAAGUUGUGCACCUCUUUUAAUUGUUACGAAACGGUAGCAAAAUAAAAUGCAGUUGUGCUGUUGUGUUGUACUGGGUAUGUAAUGCUGCGUUACUUUG